UUCCGUCAGCUCAAAUUCAUCCCCGCCGCCAAUGCAUCCUCCCUCUCCACCCCAGCAUGACAUCAUGUCCCCAUUACGCGCCUGGAGCCCAUGGUGUUCUGGGAUGUGUAGUCCCGACGGCUCCGGGUCCCCUUUCCCCUCCUCCCAAAGGGAAGGCGGAUGGGCACGGGGCUUGCCGGGAGUUGUAGUUCUCUUGGGCCUCUAGGCGCCGGGCUCCGCGCUUUUACUCGGGGGAGGCAGGAACUACAACUCCCAGGGACGCCGGGCGGCAGCAGGUGGGAGCGGGGCUGUUGAUAUCAAUAUGGCGGUUGUCAGCCAGACAAAGACAGUCAGUCUGAUGUGAUUGAGACAAGGGAGGUUUUUCAGGGGGAGACUGGGAGAUAGGGGCCUCCCCUCCCCCUUCUCCUCUUCCUGCGCCGGCCUCAUCCCCUCCCCAGUCCCCUCCCGACGGGCGCCCCACGCGGAAGACACCCCUCCCCCUCCCGCUUUCCCUCCUCCCUACCUCAGCCCUUCGUACUGGGACGUUGGGGAGGGGGCUCUGCCGGGCGGAGAGAACUCAGCGAGGAUUCUGAGGUGAGUCGAGCGGUUUUGAAGCCGGACAACCUCAAGUCUCUUUCCUCACUUCUUUCUCUUCAUUUAAAACAAUUUUUUUUGGAGGGGUUUUGGGGAGGAAGUGAGCGGACGCUGGGGAUGGGUCUCGUUAGCGGCCGGAUUGAGAGGAGGGAGGAAGCAGGGGGCUUCCGAGUGGGUGAUCCAGACGCGGGCUGUGGGGUGGGGCAGUUCGUGGGGGCCGGUCCUGGAAAGGCGUCGACUGCCCCCCAACUCUUCUGGUUUCCUCUACUAUGAGCGGAAGGUUUGAAUCCUGGAGGUGGGGUCUCUGGUGUGGAGUUCGAGAAACUGUGAGGUGAUUUGCAGCUGGUGGAAUGGAACAGUGAAGAAGCAUUGGAAUGGUAGAUAACACAGAUCAUCUCUGGAAAGGAUAUUGAUCCACCUCAUGUAAAGUAUGCUCAGUUCCUUUCCAGUGGUUUUGCUGGAAACCAUGUCUCAUUAUACAGAUGAACCCAGAUUUACCAUAGAGCAGAUAGAUCUGCUUCAGCGACUUCGGCGUACUGGAAUGACUAAACAUGAAAUUCUCCAUGCCCUGGAAACUUUGGACCGUCUUGAUCAAGAGCAUAGUGACAAGUUUGGAAGAAGGUCCAGCUAUGGAGGAAGUUCAUAUGGGAAUAGUACCAACAAUGUCCCAGCAUCUUCCUCUACAGCUACAGCUUCCACACAGACACAGCAUUCGGGAAUGUCCCCAUCACCUAGCAACAGUUAUGAUACUUCCCCGCAGCCUUGCACUACCAAUCAAAAUGGGAGGGAGAAUAAUGAGCGAUUAUCUACAUCCAAUGGAAAGAUGUCACCAACUCGCUACCAUGCAAACAGCAUGGGUCAGAGGUCAUACAGUUUUGAAGCCUCAGAAGAGGACCUAGAUGUAGAUGAUAAAGUGGAAGAAUUAAUGAGGAGGGACAGCAGUGUGAUAAAAGAGGAAAUCAAAGCCUUUCUUGCCAAUCGGAGGAUUUCCCAAGCAGUUGUUGCACAGGUAACAGGUAAGAGCUGAAGAGCCC